UUUCGCGAGCUCGUCUAUAACAAAGUGAAGGAAAUACCACGCGGUCGUUGCACAUCGUACGGCACAGUCGCUGCACUUGUAGGCUACCCACGGCAUUCACGCCUUGUUGGGUCGUGCCUCAAAACUUGUACAGAUGAGACAGUACCCUGGCAGCGUGUCGUCUCUAGUAUCGGCAUCAUCAGUCCUCGCGAAGCUGGGCCCUUAGCCACCCAGCGUCAAGCUGAGUUGUUGCGUUCUGAGGGCGUGCAUGUCGAUGCGAUUGAUCAAGGUGAAGGCUUUGGCGGAGAUGGCGGCAAGGUGGAUAUGGUCUCAUAUGGGUGGUAC